CGGAGCAGGAAAGCCAAGCGCGGCGCGGCGCUCGUCACGCAGGGAGAAACGCAUGCUCUCCGCCCUCGGUCCCCUAGGCCUGCACUCCACUUCACUGCCCAGAGAGCAAGAAGCAGUGCCAGCGAUCGCACGCCCGGCACGCCUCUUUAUGUAGACGGACACGCGAUACCGGAAGUGGGUGGAGUAACCUGAAAGCGCUUCCGGCGGCUAGCGGCAAUUGAGUUGCAGGUGAGCGGCGGGUUCCCGUCCGCGUCCCGCCGACGGGCGACUGGACGCCCUCGCCCCCCCACCACGGCUGUCCAGUGCAGCCUUGCCUGAGCUCAAAAUGAACUAUAUGCCCGGCACCGCCAGCCUCAUCGAGGACAUCGACAAAAAGCACUUGGUCCUACUUCGAGAUGGAAGGACACUUAUAGGUUUUUUAAGAAGCAUUGAUCAGUUUGCUAACUUAGUCCUGCACCAGACUGUGGAGCGCAUUCAUGUGGGCAAAAAGUACGGUGAUAUUCCUCGAGGGAUUUUUGUGGUCAGAGGAGAAAAUGUGGUCCUGCUAGGAGAAAUAGACUUGGAAAAGGAGAGCGACACGCCCCUCCAGCAGGUGUCUAUUGAAGAGAUUCUAGAGGAACAGCGGGUAGAACAGCAGACCAGACUGGAGGCAGAGAAGCUGAAGGUUCAGGCCCUUAAAGACCGGGGCCUCUCCAUCCCUCGAGCAGACACUCUGGAUGAGUACUGAGACCUUUGCUCUAGAGAGCAAGGGCUGUCACCUGGUCACCUCGCACAUUGACCAAAGACUGUCUAGUGAAAGGUGGCCUUAUUCUUUCACAUAGGCCCCCAUGAAGAUAUCAUGCAAUUUUGUUUUUGUUUUUAACAAAAUCAUUGUAUGUUUUGUUUUGCUUUUCUGUUUCAAAUAGUCUUGUUAUAUAGCUCUGGCUAACCUGAAUCUCACUAUGUAGACCAGGCUGACCUCUAACUUAUGGGGUUACAGGUGUGUUCCACCAUGCCCAGCUUUAUUGUUUAAAGAAACAGUGACAUGACCUGCCCUCACACAAGUCACUGUGGAGCCAAGAAUCACGUCUUUAUAUUGCUUUUCUUAUCUCAGAGUUUACAUUUCUUUUUAAAAGAUAUUUCUUCAUUUACUUGUAAAUAAAGAAUGAAUCCCAUAA